GUACCAAAUCUGCUAUAAGUCCCAUUUGUGGAACUGGCUGCUGCCCCGUAGCGUCAGCAGCUGGACUUGAAGAUGAAGCAGCAGCAGUAUGUGCUGCCGCUGCUGAUGUACCACUUGGUGGGGUACCAAAUUGGAACUGGCUGCUGCCCCGUAGCGUCAGCAGCUGGACUUGAAGAUGAAGAAGCAGCAGUAUGUGCUGCUGCUGCUGAUGUACCACUUGGUGGGGUACCAAAUUGGGUGGCAAAUGGGCCUGUCAUCGCUGGUGUUACUACUGGCGAUGGAAAUGCUGUCUGCGGCCGGACAUUGGGCCCACCAGCAAAGGAGGGAUGUGGUCCUCCUCUUGUCUGCAUGGCAUGCAGUAUCUGGUCAAGAGUAUCAUGGAUUGCAUCCAGUUUGCUGUCCAUGGAAGCGUCCAUGCUCAGCAUACCCGCCUUGAGGAUUUUACUCGUUUUUAAGCGCACUGCUGUUGCCACGUGGCACUUCGCCUACCAAACAAAACCAAUGAAAUUGGGAGGAGGAGGAGGAAGAGGCGGACAGAAAACGAAAAGAGGAGGAGGAGGAGAGAAGAAGAAAGGAGGAGGAGGAGGAGAGAAGAAGACGAAAGGAGGAGGAGGAGGAGGAGAGAAGAAGACGAAAGGAGGAGGAGGAGAGAAGAAAAAGAAGACGGGAGGAGAAGGAGAUGAGGAGGAGGAGAAAGGAGGACGACGAGGAGGUGGAGGAGGAGGAGAAAAGAAGAAGGGGGGAGGAGGAGGAGGAGGAGAUAAGAAGACGAAAGGAGGAGGAGGAGGAGGACGAGGACGAGGACGAGGAGGAGAGAAGAAAACGAAAGGAGGAGGAGGAGGAGGAGGAGGAGAAGAAAAGGAGGAAAGGAGGUGGAGAGUAGAAGAAGACGAAAGGAGGAGAGGAAGACUAAGAAGAGGAAAGGAGUUGGAGGCGGAUUCACCACGAUGGCGACAGCAGCUUGACGGGCGGCGACGACGGGGAGGGCUGCUUGACGGGGAGUGACGACGGGCGGGCUUCUAGACGGCAGCAAUGGCGACG